AUGUCUCAAGAUUAUAUGGGCUUUGCCGCCGCUGUGGGCAAGGCCGGUGCGUCUAUCGACACGGAAGUGUUCACGCCUAUCCAGAAUGCCUUCGGGUCCACCGCCCAGGGUCAGCAGGCCGUGUUCCUGAUCGGGUCGGCGUUUACCCUAGUCGGUGGUUUGGUCGCCUGGUUCUUGAACUUGGAUAGGUAG